AUGCUCGCUACAUCACACCGGUAUACCCCUCAUCAAGUCCGGGUAGCAUACACCUUUACACGGACGCUACGCUCAAGUGCUGCGGCUCUCUCAAGCAGCUCGGACUUCCGCUCUAGCUUCUCUGGUCAAGGCUUCACUGGCUACUACGAGCCUGGCGAUACUGAAGGUCCUUUGCGGAAAGCCUCUAACAUUGGCGCCCCCAAGAUCACUCCACGAGCUCUCAAAAUGCAUCUGGACCAGUUCGUAGUCGGCCAGGAACGAGCCAAGAAGGUACUCAGCUCAACUAUCUACAACCACUAUCAAAGGAUCCAAGAGAUUCAGCGGCAGGAUGAGGAAGCACAGGAGUUACUCGAGCGCCAGGCCAGGAGAUCAAGGCAUCCAGUAGAAGAUGAGUUUCCAGGCCAUCACGCGACUAUACACUCACAUAUCCAUGUAUGGGUCCCUCCAUCACCACCUCUGACACCGUCUACUCUAGAAGACUCGUCUUCAUUGACAAUCGAGAAAUCCAACAUCAUGCUGCUCGGCCCUUCAGGCGUUGGCAAGACGCUCAUGGCGAAGACACUGGCUCGCGUUCUGGAUGUGCCCUUCAGCAUGUCCGACUGCACGCCAUUCACGCAAGCGGGCUAUAUCGGUGAGGAUGCAGACGUGUGCGUACAACGGUUGUUGGCCGCAGCGAAUUACGAUGUGGAAAAGGCGGAACAUGGCAUCAUCUGUCUCGAUGAGAUUGACAAGAUUGCUACGGCCAAAGUAUCGAAUGGCAAAGAUGUCGGAGGAGAAGGGGUACAGCAGGCGCUGCUCAAGAUUAUCGAAGGCACUACCCUGCAAAUACAAGCCAAACAAGAGAGAGGAAACAACUCUGGUCGCAACAACAACAACAAUCAAUAUCCGAAUGGGUCGCCCACGAACAGUCCACUGAGUGGCGGUGGUGCGGCUGGAGGCAUGGUACAAUCUCCUGGCAAGAGCGAGGUCUUCAAUGUCAACACGAGCAAUAUCUUGUUCAUAUGCACUGGUGCAUUUAGCGGCCUUCACAAAACAAUCCUUGAUCGUGUAGCCAAAGGAGGCAUCGGUUUUGGUGCUAACGUACGUUCGAGCACUUCCCAAGACGGUGGAGCGCAGGAGACAACCAUCACAGACGACGACGAGAUGAUCCGCAAGCAUCUGCCAUACUACAUGCCCGCAGCUUCGGAAGAAGAUUCGUACAACCCUUCAUCAAAAGGCAAGAAGGCUACCUACAACAUCCUGGACCUCGUCGAGCCGCAAGAUUUGCAAAGGUACGGCAUGAUACCUGAACUGGUCGGCCGUAUCCCAAUUACAUGUGCGCUUUCGGCUCUGGAUAUCAAUGCCUUGGUCAAAGUCCUGACUGAGCCGCGGAACUCGUUGCUAAAACAGUAUGAGCAGCUGUUCCAGCUCUCUUCAAUAGAGCUCAGGAUUACCUCUGCCGCACUUCACGCCAUUGCAGAAACUGCUUACAGCAUGGGCACUGGUGCCCGAGGUCUCCGCACUGUCUUGGAGAGAUUGCUAGGCGACAGUAUGUUCGAGGCACCAGGUUCUGAUAUUAAGCAUAUCGCCAUAACCGAGGAUGUAGCAAAGAGAAACUCUCCAGCUCUUUACUUUACACGCGAUGGCAAGACGAGGUUCAACGCAUUGCUCGUUAGAGAGGAAGAAGAUUGGGAAGACCGCAAACGUGGUGAAGAACCUACGGAAAGUGACUUCGAGCGGAGGGCAAGAGCAAACAGUCGAGGUGGACAUGCUACGACAUUCGAAGAGUACCGCCAGAAGGCCACGGCCGCUGGAUUCACAUGA